AUGGUCUUGUCCGUUGAAAAAUUCCGCUGGGAGAAGCGCUUUCACAUCACGAUUCUCGCUGCAAUGCAACCAGCUUCCGACACGGCACCGUUCGUCGUCAUGGAAGGCGCCGUCACGCGCGAAGGCCUCGAGGCCGCCGCCACCCUCUUUCAGGCGCAGGUCAACGACGCGCCACGCAUGCUCGUAGCGCGCAACGUGCCGUUGGUCGAAUGGCUUGCCGACGACUACGACAGUCGUCUCUGCGGCGCCAUCUUGUCGGUCACGUACGAAGGCGAGGCCGACGACGUGUCGACGCUCGCGUCGAUCUACAUUGUCCGCGCCAUCACGCGGCCGCCAUAUAGCACGACUUUCGAGAUGGCCCAGAGCCGUCCGAUCAUUGCGAACGGCGAGGUGCGCAUCGCCGACUCGCAGAUGGCGUGCGUAGACGCCAACGGCGCCAUGCUCCCGCCGAUCAUGGUCAUUGAGCUCGAGGUCGUGAACCGAAGCAUAUCGACCAUCGUGGCCUGGAUGCAGGGCUACUUUGACAUGCUUGCGGGGCUGCGCGUGGCGCUGGCCUUCAAGUACUUUCUCGACGAGGACGCAGAAGAUCCCCAGCGCUUUAGCGCAGUCGUGCUCCAGUACGGUCGCAACGCGAUGGGCCACGUGGUGCUGCAGUUUGCAGCCAGCUUUGGCUCGGUUUCGUUGAGCCUGGACGAGAAGGCGACGAUCGACGACGACAUUUUGGCCACGAUGAAGAGAUCAUCUAUGGUGACCGUGUGA